UACUGCUGAGUACUCCUAUAGGCACUGACAAUGGCCGUGAAAAGCACCUUCACGCCGAAGGCGUCCCUGACUGAGGCACCUACCAACCUGAAGGAGGCCAUUGACUGGGUCCUCAGGGUAACUGGUAAGGAUGGUAAAGCACUGAACAAGGACAAGGGAGAAUGUAUAUGUGGCCUGGCGGCGGCAGUGACUGACCUACUGCAGUCAGUACAACUGGAGUACAAUGGCUAUCAAGGUGAGUCUAAUGGCACUGAUCCAAAGAAAGGCCCCCCAAAGGGGAAUGUCACAGAGCGCCUCAAUGAGCUAUUCUCCCUAGUCCAGGGACUAGGUGGUACUGCAGUGGUCCGGACCUAUAUAGACCAGCUGGCACAGGUACUCAGUGCACUCGUUGGGUGGAGUAAGAUAGAGACGUGUUGGACCAGAAGUGGCGAGUGCAAGGUCGGUGGUAAAGGGAAUCAACAUGGCACUAAACCGGAGUGCACGUAUCUACAGGAUGUAAAGCCGGACAACAAGUGUGACUCUUGUGGGUGUAUGAAAUGGAAUGUGCCCGAGGCGGAUGAUAACAAGAAUGGACACCACCUAGGAAGGAGGUGUAAGAGAGGUAAUGGCUAUACGUGCGGCGCAGAAAACUUUGGUCGUGAUUACAAUGCUCUAGAAGGAUAUAGGUCAGCGUACCCUAGUAGUGCUAUCAACAUAAGAAAGUCAUUUCUUAAAUCCGAUAAGAUAGAAAAUCCGCCAUCGUGGAACAAUCUAAAAUGCUCACCAACUGGUAGUACUAUCAAUAGUACUACUAUUACUCAACGCCGUCACCAAUGUGCUCGUAUACUACUAGGGUCAGUAUGUCUCAUUUGGAGCGGCAUUACUUAUAUGUAUUGGACAGGAAAGUAUGCCGAUAGUAGUCCCCGAUGGAACAAUCACAUUUUGGACGGUAGUGGUCUAGAUGAUGGUACCCUGUCCCAAUGGCUACAGGCCCUAGGGUUUCCUAGGGAAAUGCUUAAUAACAGCGGACCACAGAAUAGACUUGAUAAGGUCAUAUGGGAUGGGAUUAUGGAUAAGUUAUAUUUGGGAUUCCCGGAAACUGGUAAGUGGAGUGCCGAUAGUGUCCAUGGCUAUGACAACGAAGAUAACACCUUUAGGAAUCCAGCUGGUAUGAACUAUGCUGGAUAUAUACAUACCGUAGACAGGGGUGCAUUUUGCAGCAACGCUACUGUCUUCAAGAAUGGUGAAGGCUCUAGUACUAGUGAAGAAAACAUCAACAAAUGUGGUGCCUUGUACAAGCUCUAUAUCCUAUCAUGUGCCUACUUUACCGGGUUACAGAACAAAGCUCCGCCGAAGGCGGAAAAUACAACCCCCAAGACCAUCCGUGAGAUCCUCUACUGGCUCAGUGCAUUGCCCUAUAGUCAGGCUUAUAAGAAGAUACUAGAGCAUUCCAAGGAAGUAUUGAAGAAGGUAGCACCAGAUAAGGAUGGUACUCAAACGCUCUCAUUCCUUCAAACAGGCCGUUGGCAUCCUAUUACAGUUCAUGAAUUCAACCUGUUUGCCCACUUCCAAGCAGUGACUCAGUACUGCCCACUGGUGCUCAUAGGUAUCCAGGGUGGUAUACACAGCACUGACAACACUAAAGAACCUGCCAUUCACUCCCUCUAUGCCAACUCUCACUUCUCCUUCACCUACCCAGAAGUACCCAUCCAAGCAUACAACCAGGUGGUCCACUACAUUAGGGCUCUAUUCUACCAACUCUAUUUCCUUAGGAAGCAAUGUGCAGUCAAGGUCACUUACGGAGGGAAAUGGCGGGAGUGUAGGUAUGGGGAUGGAGUAGUCUCCAAGGGGGUAAUCAGCUGGAUGUGCCUGGGGUGUGACCCCAUGGAACAUGAUAGGAAAAAGAGGGUAGGGAAGGUAAAUGGGGAGUUGGGAAAAGUGGUGGCCCAGGGGAAAGACAGUGUUCCAGGGGCACUAAAAACAUUAUUGGAGAAGAUUGGUGAAGUAGUGGUCCAACUGGGUAAUGCCCAGGAGGCAUUGGAAGGGAAGAAGCCAGAGGCUAUACUGGGGGUGAAGGCGGCACUAGAUAGUGCCAAGGGAAAACUAGAGGGGGUUAAUAGUGGGCUGGCUGGGAAACUAGGGGAGGCUAAGACGAAACUAGGGGAGCUGACGAAUGGUGGUGGUAAUGGAAUACUAGGGGAGUUAGCUGGGGAUCGUGGACUAGAGAAGGCAACGAAGAUUAAUAGGAAAGGAAUAGUUGAGUAUGAUCCCGGUAAGAACAAGAUAAGUGAGGCUAUCAAUAAGGUACGAGAGGUACUGAAGCUAAUGAAGGAGGGAGUGGAGAAGCAGAAAACGGAAGAUAGAAAGGAUAUAGUAGAUGAAACCAAAUUUGUCGUAGGCGAAAUUUCGGGGCUCAGUUUGACGGAUAACAAAAUAGAAAGCGUCCUUAAACAAGUGAUAUCCCAUGAGUAUAUCACACUACUCAAUGCCAUCAACAAUCUCCUUUCCAUCUGCAACUCUCCCAAGUGCCACUCAUGUGACCAACACUCUACGAAGUGCGGCCAACCAUCAAAUCCCACUGUCUGUCCAGCAUGUCUCCAACCCACUACCACCGGUGUUCCCUCUCCUCUCCAGGCAUUCCUAGAGGACAGGUUACCGGGCUUUAGUUGUGACGUAGUACGAAACGAUGGCAAAGAUGAUCCAACAUACCCUCCUGCUGCAUCCCACCUAGGACACUGCAAUGGCUCAGGCCAGUGCUGCCCCUUGCCAAUGGGCUUCAGAAACAAGUUCCAGGAAGGAAUCACCCAUACCGGUCAACGCCUUUAUGGUAUCCUCUACUUCUUUAGUAACGAGAACAUGAUGCAGUCUUGUGUUUAUACACUAGUGAGGGUCACAGCAGCUCUCAGUGCUACGACACCACAGGUAUUGGGUGACGUCUUUGGGUUCUUUAGGGGUGGUAUAGGAAAUCCACUAAAGGGAAAGAACAAGAAGGACAAGGAAGUGCCGUGUGGGCACCAAGGCGAUCCGUCAAAGAAAGGAGAAGAUCAAUACUUUUGCGGCUGGUGUGCCUCUGGGUUACGGGAUGAAGUACAAAAGAUAGAGUGGGUAUUCAAUGGGACGGAGGCAGGAGGGCAUUACAUGGACAAAGUCGGCACAGCACUAAUAGAUAUUAAGGGCAGUGACAGCACUGCUACUACCACUGCAUAUUCCAGCACUGAUACUGCCAAUACCUCCCUCUCACGACUCACUAAGAACUGCCAGUACCUCUCCCCCCUAACAGGUGAACUCUAUACCGCAGUGAGUGCCACCUUCGGUAACACAUACCUCUCAUGGGUACUGUACCUAUCAGAUGCGCUUCAUUCAGGACUAGAGUCACUCUCUGAGGCAUUCCAACAGAUUGAAUGCCGUGGCUGUAAGGGACAGUGUGACCCCAAUAAGUGCAAGAAGGGAAGUCAUGGAGCAAGAAGUGAUGGACAGUGUGGAUGCCAAUCAAUCGUAUCAUGUACCGGGGUACUACCGGUAUUGUAUAGGCAUGGCUUCAGCUAUGGUAACCCAUUCAACCUGGAGGGGUACCAACAGAAGGAUGGAAACAAGAAUGAGGAUGGGCAGUUCGACAUCACAAAGGCAAGCAGUACUAGAAAGUGUCACGAAUUCUUGGACAGUCUCAGUGCAGUGAUUGACAAGAACAAGCAGGAAGGCGCCUCUCAGCAGCAGGACCAGGAACAACAUCCCCUCACCAAUCUCCUCUCCCAGGUCGGCAAGCUCCAAUACGACAUACGGCUCCCCUGGAUCUUUGUCCUCACGUUAGCCUGGCUAGUAGCGGUACUCUGCCUUGCCUUUGGUGCCAUAUGGCCACUGGACUGGACACAUAUGAGGUCGCAUUGGUUACGGGGUGGAGAACACCAGUGGCAAUGUAUGUGGUAUAAGGUAAUGACGGGGAGGAAGGGAAUGGAAUUGGUGGAGUAUUUUGGUAAGACAUAGUGGCGCCUUCGGCGCAACGGUGCUAAAUGA